AUGGCAAAAUCAAAAAUUCGACGACCAAAUGUACGACGAGACUACGUAUAUGAAGCAAUCGAAAGACAACGACGGGCCUUCAGCACAGAUUCUUAUGCCAAAUGGCCAAGAUUCCCAAUUAAAUACUGUUUUGCUGAAAGCGUAGAAUUCUACGUGAUUAGCCAGAUCAUACAGGCAUUAGAUUUUUGGCAGGAACAUACGUGUAUAACAUUUGUACAUGACGAUAAUGCAUCUGGAGAUUUUAUCCAGUUCUUCAGAGGAGAAGGGUGUUACUCGGUAAUAGGUCGUUUAGGCGGUAUGCAGAGCAUCUCCAUUGGAAAAGGAUGUGAACGACUCGGAACAAUAGAGCAUGAGGUCGGUCAUGCACUAGGUCUUUGGCAUCAACAAUCUCGACCAGACGCGCUCGAGCACAUUAGAAUUAUUGAGGACUACAUUUUAAAAACCUAUAUUGGUGAUUUCAAGCUUAGAGAACCAAGUGAAAUUGAGACGUUUGGCAUCCCAUAUGACCUGGGAUCUGUUAUGCACUAUGGUUCCACUGCCUUCAGUUUUGACGAGAGAACAAAGACAGUAAUUACAAAAGAUCCUUACUAUCAACAGACAAUUGGACAACGUGAAAAGCCUUCAUUUUACGAUAUCAAAGUAAUUAACGAAGCCUACUGUAAAGAUACGUGUGAAAAGAAAAGUGAGUGCAAAAAUGGAGGGUACCGAAAUCCAUCUAACUGUAAUCUAUGCUUGUGUCCUAGCGGCUUUGGAGGACCACUGUGCGAAAAAAAUGAAACUCCGCUUGGUAUGAUUCAAGAGCAAUUACUUGCAGCAACAGAAUGUGGCGGAAUGAUCAAAGCAGAUGACAAAUGGCAAAACAUAGAAUCGCCAGGUUAUCCAGAUCCAGGUUAUGAUGUCGGUGAACGUUGCAGUUGGAUAAUAACUGUCGAGAAAGGAAAACGAGUUGAACUGGAGUUUGUUGACAACUUUUCAAUGCUUUGUACCACAACUUGUGUCGAUUACGUGGAACUUAAGAUUGGUGCUGACUUGGCUAACACUGGUUACAGGUUCUGCUGCAACAAAGCUCCAGGUCCUUUAAUUUCUUAUGGUCAAAAAGUGCUUAUUAUAUUUGCUUCGAUCCUUUCUGACGAUUUAGGAUUUCGAAUACGCUUCCGAUCAAGUAAACAACAGUUUUUUUCAAACCACCUAACUUUCAAAAGCUCCGACAACAAUAUCAGGAGACAACAUCUGGGGAAGCUGGGGACCAUGGUCGUCCUGCACAAGAUCAUGUGGCGCCUGUGGCAUCCAAACCCGGACCCGACUCUGGGGAAGAACCAACAAUUUGCAAAUUGUAACUUCAACGCCUGUAAGCCAGACCCAAGGUGUGAAAAGGUCAAGUUUCUCAACAGACUAUGUGGCGAGGCCAAAGCAUGCCUCAAGCAAUCCAGUAACCUUCCCUCAUGCAGUCAGCCGCCAUGUUGUCCACCAUUUCGAGACGUCAAUGGUACCUGUCAAAGUCAAAUGGAACUACCGCCUGAAUUUAUAAAAAAUACAUCUGCUUGA